AUGAAAGCCGGCUUUGGCUACAGUGUGUUACGAACCGAGGAGGGCGGCCAGGGAGGCAGCCGCGGCUGGGGGAGGCUGGGCGACGAGGAGACGAUCCCGCCCUGCGGUGUGGUUGCUGGCCCGGGCAUCCAGGACGCAGGCGCAGCAGAUAAACCUGGAAGAAACAGUCAAGUCCAAGCUCAAUCAGCAUUAAAAGUCCUACAGCAUCAACUGGAAUCAUUCCAAGCUCUUCGACAACAGACUUUGCAAAAUGUAAAUCUGGUUCAGUCUGAAAUCAACGAGAUACUUAAUAAAAAUAUUGCUGAUAUGAAACAUCCAGAAUUAAAUCCAGAUCCUUUACUUUUGAGCAGCAUGCCUAUCAGCGUUGCUACGCCUAGAUGGUGUCAAGAAGCAUUGCUUUUAAAGAACCAACUUCAUCAUGAUAACAGGACCAAGCAGUGUCGAGAAACCAGUCCCGACAACAUCUUUGGAGAUCCAGUCACAGGUGGAAAUGUUCCACAUCACAUUUUGACAAAAUGUCAGUUGUUUGGAACGGCUGAACUCCCUGUUCAAACACCUAGAAAAAAUGCUAUUCUGGCUUUUACAAAUGGACAUGAAUUGAAGAAUUCUGCCAGCAGCACUUUUUCUCCAUCAUGGGUUGGUUUGGAAACAGAAGUGAAGACUCCCUUUAGUGACAUUAAAGGCUAUGCUGGAUCUAAAAUUCCCAUGGCGUUCCAUGCAGGUGAGGACGAGCAUGUUGCACAGAUUGUGAGUUCUUCCUUCGGGAACAUGAAAGAGGACGGUAAAAAGAUUCUUAGGCAUGAACUUCCAUAUACCUUUGAUGCUCCAAACACUUCCACUGUUUUGUACAGUAAAGACAACGAUUCCGGUUACCUAUCAGAACAGGAUCUAUCAGAAAGUGUAACCAGUAUGUCAAGAGAUGAUUUUAAAUCCAGGAAGAGUUCUGAUUUGGAGGAUUCAGUUGAUGAGUUGCAUAUUGCUGUGGUUUCUUUUAAAGAGAACAAUCAAAUUGCGGCACAGCUGGAUUCUAAUAGCAAGAACCAGAAUAAAGAUUUUUUUGUUAACGGUAACAUGUUUGAGAAUUUGCAGCUAAAUUUCUACCCUAAAACAGGAAAAGAUACAUCACUUACUCUGGAACAUGCACAAAGGGAGAAAAAGAAUGAACAGCUACCACUGCUUGGCACAAAACACGAGUUUCAAAAACACAGAGAUCUAGAAUUCUGUGCUAUCGAAGCUGGAUCUGACAGCUACGGUAAAAAAAGUCGAUUGCUACAGAUGUCUCCAGAAGAACCUAAACCCUUGCAAAAAACUCCGGUGGAUCUCCAAAGUGAAAAUGGAGAUCUCAAGAAACAAAUGAAACCUCUGACUGGCAUUAUACAGUCUCUGACAGAGCAAAACUCAAAAUAUCAGAAGCAAAUUAAAGACUUACACGACGAGAAAAGCAGCAUUCAGGAGAGGCUAGUGAAAUCAGAAAGAGACUGCAAGGAAUGCAUUAAAGAAGUGAAAAGUUUACUGAAGAAAUGCAACGAGCUUCAACAGCAAAAGAUUGCUCUAGAAGAAAAGCAGGAUGAGCUUUAUGCUCAAAACCAACGGAUGAUGCGGAACGUAGACGAUUUUCAGAACCAGCACCAGCAAGCCCAGGAAAGCGUCGCAGCCCUCACACAAGACAAGGGUGAUCUUGUUGUAGCCUUAAAAACACUGGAAAGCCAAAUCUCAUCACUUCGAGAAGAACAUAAGGGCUUAGAAGGAAAAGUAAGUCAGCUUACCGAUGAGAAGAGUCUGCUUCAAAAGGAACUUGAAGAAAAACAGAAGGAAAUACAGCAACUGAAAGAAAAUGAAAAGACCAAGCUGGCCGAUAUGGAAGCUGCCCAGAGGAUGACACAGACGCUUAAAGAGGAAAAGCUGAACCUUGAAAAGACUCUGCGGGAGUCGACUGAUUUUAAAGAAGUUCUGGAGAAGGAGCUUGAGGAGGUUCGGAGAGAGAGAGUUCAUGCUGAGGGGAAACUUCUGGCUGAAUGUAAAAACACAAGAAAGGAAAAUGGAAUUUUAAAAACCGACUUGUCCAAAACGGAAAGAGAAUGUGAGAGGUUGUCGGCGGUGGUAAAAGGCAUGACAGAAGACAACUGGGUUCUUAAAAAGGAGCUACACGAAUACAAGCAGGACGUUUCAGAGUGCAAAGCUACAAUAAGAAAACUGAGUGAGGAACUCUUGCUGAUGGAAAAUGAAAUACGUACAAUGCAGAAUGAAAGAGAUGUCUUGCAGUUUGAAGUGCGCCGUCUCCAUAGGAAUAACGGUUGUCUAAGAGACCAAGUCGCUGCUUUAUUCAAUGAACAGUAUAAGAAAAGGAGUAAUUCAGGAAGCAACGGUGAUCCUGCGAAUCCCACUGAAAUUUGUGAAGAAAUGUCUAGUUUCCAACAUAUUUCUGUAAAAUACAAUUUGCCAGAAUAUGGCAAGAUUGCAGAAAUCCGAAGGAAACUGGAAGAGGAGGCGCAUCACAAAGAGAAGGGGUCCUGCAAUGUUCGGCAGCUUUCCAGCACUGUUUCGGUCAGUUGCACCACGUCUAUCAUCACGCAGUCAGGUCUUCAUAGUGCUGUCCGGAAGAAAUACAGUACUCUGUGCUCAGCAACUUAGUGCUUUGCGGGUUCAGCACUCAAGUUUUACACACGCACACACACACAUGGUCAAAGGCUAAGUAUCUCACAGACCUCUCUGUUCAUGAAACAUAACAAGGAGUAAAACUAUCAGAAAUUCAAGAACAACGAAACCAGGAGAAGAAAAAUGCCUGAAGCUUGGAUGGGGAAAACCAACCAAACCACCAGAUUCACACCUACAUACUCUCUCUCUCUUUCACUCACACUGACACACAUCAUCACUUGACAU